AAAGAGGGGCUAGAGAGGUUGGGUUCGGUAGUUUCCCGAUAAACUAGGGUUCGGUAGAUUUCUUUUUAAUUAAUCCAUAUAAGCUCGAAAAGUAGGAAGGAUUGGGCAGAUCGUUCACAAUUUGUCUUUUCCUUGGAAGUGCUCAAGGCAAGAUGGAGAAUAUGCUAUAUGCGGAGGAGCUUGUCCGGGAGUUUCUAGUAUUCAGAGGCUUUACAAACACUCUGCAGGCUUUUGUCAAAGAGUUGGGAGCUGAUAUUGGCAAAGGAUUUCAAGUUGAUAAGAUAUUAGAUUUAAUUUUCUCCAUAUAUGUCCCCAAAUUCCAAGCUGAAAACCUCAUUCAACUCCUUCGCUUUUUCAACAAUUGCUUUUCUUCUCAUGAAACACAUCUUAUUUCUGACAUAUCAGAGUUAGAUGUCUCUAUUAUACGCUAUUAUAUCAUUCAUGCCGUACAAGCUGGCAGAAAGGACAAAGUGAUAGAGUUGUUUGACAUACAUGGCACUGAAUUGCUGCAAAAAGACCAACAGUGGGCAUCCUGGUUUGCAAUUCCAUAUAUUAAAGCUCCUCAAUCCGAACCCCACUUUCGGGUAUACUUUUCUAAGGAGUGGUCCAAUGCAUUGCAUCUAUCUCUUAGAAAUUUUCUCAGCCGGAUGUUUAAUGGCACUCGUAUCCCUGCGUUAAUGAAGAUGAGUUCUGAAAGGAAUAUGGUGAGUCGCCUCAAAGGAGACAUAAAGCAACUUAAUUUCAAACUUGCGCAACUUCAAGUAUUGUUGGAGGAGAAAGAGACUCAGUUGCAUCAGUUAAGGAGUAAUUCUUUGUUAGCAACGGAAGUCAUUGUUGGGACUAACAGCUCAUCAAAUCCUCUUGCUGGUUCUGGGGAACCCACAGUUUUCGUACCAGCGUCAUCUCAUGUUAUUUGUGUCUCUGCAAGUCCACAAGCUGGUGAAAGAGAACCUAAACACAGUGAGGAUAUCAGGCCUGAUGAUACUCAAGUUUCAACUUCUAAACUUAGUAGUCACAGUGGUCAGAACACUGGAAAUGAAGCGCAUAGAGAAGAAGAAUUCCCUGAAGUGAGAGUGGACUUCCAGGAGACAUUCUUAGGCCACACAAGUCCAAUAAGUCGUUGCCGUUUUUCUGCUACUGGGGACAAUGUUGCUAGUGCUUCUGUGGAUGGGACAGUCAGGAUAUGGACAUAUGACUCAUCAGCACCAGCAUCAAGAAAUGCAACCAUCUAUUGUGGUGCAGAGAUCAUGUCACUUGAGUGGGAGUGCAAAUCUGACCGUCUGCUUCUAAUAGGCACAGCUGAUGGAGGAAUCAAAGCAUGGAAUGUUGAUGCUAAGCGUGUUGUUUGUGAUCUUAGCUGCACAGAAGCAUUCCCAAGCGUGUUGGAUUUAAAAUGCAGCCCUGUGGAGCCAAUUUUUGUAUCUGCUGCUGCAUCGAGAUGGCCUGGUUCGAGUGACAUUGGUAAAUUGGGCUAUGCUUCUUUAACUGUCUGGAACAUGAGGACGUGGAAAGCAAUGACAGUCCUUCCUCUUGGUGAAGAUCCACCUCCAAUUACUUCAGUAUGCUUCAAUCACAAUGGAAAACUUUUAGCUGCUGCAGCUACUGAUGGAAUGAUACACAUGUUUGAUAUGUCUGCUGGCUUGCAGAUUACUGGAUGGCCAGCACAUGAUUCUGCAAUUAGCUCUGUGCUGUUUGGUUCUGAUGAGACGAGCAUUUUCACUUUGGGUAUAGAUGGAAAGAUAUUUGAGUGGAGUUUGCAGAAUCAAGGCGAAGUACUUUGGUCAAGAGAUUGCAGCAGAUUCUGUAACCUUCGGAGUUCGUCACACUAUAAGCAUGAAAUGGCUCUCAAUGCUGAUGGAAGAAGACUUCUGGUGACAUCCAACUCCCUGAGGGCGCCUAUAUACAAGGUGCGAGAUCAUGGAUAUGGAAUGAGAACUCUUCCUCACAGUGCAUCUAUAACAACAGUAGAUUGGCAUCCGACAUCACCCAUCUUCUUGACUGGAUCUGCAGAUCACUCAGUUCGGGUUACAUAUAUGGCGUGACAACUGAUUUCUCUGGUGUGUUGUUGAUUUGGAUAGUCUGACUUAAUGGAGAUGAAUUGAAAAUGUAAUAUUUAUUAGGUUAUCCAGUGUCUAGGUUGGCCUUAAAGCCAUCUGUCCAUUUUUAAGUUUGAUUACAAUCAUUAGUCAAAGGGAUCAUCAGAAGCAUAGAGUAGAAUAUGCAAGAUAGUCAAAACGCAUUUUGAACGCGUAGUCAAAAGAAAAGGGAGGUGCAAUACGCAAAUUUUACGCGAAUUUUACGCGUUUCUAGUUUCCUAUAAAUAGAAGGCCUUUUGCCCUCAUUUAGAUCAUCCUCACAAAAAAAUACAAUCCAAAAAAGUAAGAACACAGAAUUAUACACCAAGAUAAAUAUUGUAGUCUUGAGUGUCCUUUUUAGUGAGUUGUUCCUUUUACAAAAGAGAAGUGUUAAUUGUUGUUUUAUUCUUGUAUUUGAGAGCAGUGUACUCUCAUAUUAUCAUUGUAAGAUCUUUCUAUCCCGUGGUUUUUUUCUUUUAUCUAUUUGAGGGGUUUUCACGUAAAAUACUCGUAUCUAAUUUAUUUUUUUUAUUUAUUAUCAUAUCAAAUUUUA